UCGCCCCCUCGAGGCCAGGUCCCUCCGCAGGCUAGCUGGGCUGCAGUUUCCCUUCUCCGCCUUCGAGCGCCUAUUUCUUCGUAGUCCCGCCCACCAAGGAAGCCAGUACAGCGCCUGCGCCUUCUACCUUGCCCCGCCUCCUAUCUAAUCGCAAAUUAGCCGAUUUCCCAUAGUGCCUCGCGAGUGGCGGGCAUGCUAGUAAAUCGGGUAGGCUCUCUCGCGGGUUUAAGGCGGCUUUGUUGCGGUUUCUCUUGUGCCAGGGCGCUGUAGGGAAUUGGGGCCUGGUCAGUGCUUUGUCUGCGGAUGCAAUGGCGCUUCUCCGGGGCGUAUGGGGCGUGCUGAAUGCACUGGGAAAGUCAGGAGCGGAUCUCUGCGCGGGCUGUGGCAAUCGACUGCGCUCUCCCUUUAGUUUUGCGUAUGUUCCAAAAUGGUUUUCAUCCAGCUUGAGUGGUUAUCCAAAGAAGCCUAUGACUUCAUACGUUCGAUUUUCUAAAGAACAGCUUCCCCUAUUUAAAGCUCAGAACCCAGAUGCAAAAAAUUCAGAACUAAUUAAAAAAAUUGCCAAGCUAUGGAGGGAACUUCCUGAUUCAGAGAAAAAGGUAUAUGAAGAUGCUUACAAGGCAGACUGGCAGGUAUACAAGGAAGAGAUAAACAGAAUUCAAGAACAACUAACUCCAAGUCAAAUGGUAUCUUUGGAAAAAGAAAUCAUGCAGAAACGUUUAAAAAAGAAAGCAUUAAUAAAAAAGAGAGAGUUAACAAUGCUUGGAAAACCGAAAAGACCUCGCUCAGCUUAUAACAUUUUUAUAGCUGAACGUUUUCAGGAAGCUAGGGAUGGCACAUCACAGGUAAAGCUGAAAGCUAUAAAUGAAAACUGGAAAAAUCUCUCUAAUUCUCAAAAGCAAGUAUAUAUUCAGCUUGCUAAAGAUGAUAAAAUUCGUUAUUAUAACGAAAUGAAAUCUUGGGAGGAACAAAUGAUGGAAGUUGGACGAGAAGAUCUUGUACGUCGCUCAAUUAAAUACCCAGCAAAAAAUGACCCUGAGAAGUUUUAAAAUAGAAGAUUGAGUUAUGUUCAUAAUGGAUAGACAUAAGAAACCAACUAGGUCUCAAUACCGGAAGCUGUUGUAAAAUUAGAAUGGAUAAAGUUGGUGAACAUUUAUAUUUAAUUCCUUUUCUGUAGCCCAUGGACUUCUGCCAGCCAAUUCAAUACAUUUUGUAUUGGUGUCUUGCUUUUGAAAACCCAAACAGAUAAGAGUGCAUGUGGAAUUUAUUUUGUGUUUAGGAACUACUGAGCAUCAAAAUAAUCCAUGCAAUGUAGCAGUGAAUCAUUUUACCUUUGAUAAAGGUAAAUCAGACUGUGAAGUUUUUUUAUACUUGGUGAUUAUGGAAAAAAUAUUCUUGUUUCCUUAUAUUAUGGAAGCAGGAGUUUCCUAUUCAUAAGUAUCUCAAAGUUUGUAGAAGCCAUAGUGUUCUAUGAUAUAACUGCAUUUUUAAAAGAUCAUCCAGAACUCAUGCUGGUAAAUUCCAAAUCCUGGGUAUAAUUCAUAUUAUAAUCAGAGUUGAUGGUUGUACAUUUGAGGAAUUUCUGGUGUCAGUUGCAGCUUUUAUAAAAGGGAUAGAUUUAUAAACCUUUUCCUUAUUAUCUUUUUCCUAAAUUAAAAACUAAAAAAUUAUGUACCAAAUCUAUGCAUAUUGUUUUAUAUUGCAUAGAAUAAAAAUUAUGUGUUUCCUAAUUAUGUUUUAAGGUGAAACAUUCAUUUUAUAGCUUUCUGGGAUUUUUGUUUGUUUUUUUAAACAAAGUAGGAGUUUGUAUACUGAAUUAUUUUUUAUCUUAUGUAAAUAUAUUUAUCCAGAAAGUAGAGAACUUACUUGGUGUAAGUUUUAAAAUGAGAGAUCUAAAAAAAUCAUGUCUCCAAAGUCUCUCAAAUUGGAACCUAUAAUUUUUAAACAUUUGCAUAACAUAUAAAAGCCUGUAUAAUAAUUAAUAGCCAGUUCUAGCCUAAUGCGCACAUCCAGCCCACUGCCUGCUUUUCAUGGCCUUGUCAACUAAGAAUUGUUCACAGUUUUAAAUAGUUAAAAAAACUAAGCAUACUUCAAGACACAUGAAAAUUAAUAUGAAAUUCAGUGUCCAUAAAAAAAUGUUUUAUUGGAACACAGCCACACUCAUUGUUCAUGGCUGUUUUUGUACAAUAGUGCAGUUGACUUAGUUGCUAAGGAGAGGUGCAGCCUGCAAAGACUGACCCGUAUAGUGUGGAAUGAGAUGCUCUUAAGUUACUUGCUGUGGCUCAGUAAAAUACAUCUUAACAGUUUUCCAGUUAGCAUUUAAACCUUACACCUUCUAGCAUUUGAUUAUCUUCUUAACAAGAGUCAAAGGUUUUCAAAAUCCACACCAGCUUUUUGAGCAAAAUAUUCAACUGUCAUCGUCAGUUCACAUGAAUUUAUAACUCAAAAUUUAUAUAUUUACUUUGUAUUUUGCAAAAUAUGCAAAAAAAAAAAAAGUGUGUAUUCUAGAUCUCCAGAAAGAAGAUUUUUGUAGUUUGUGGAUAGAAAAUAAGUAAAAGAAUCACUAAAAAAUGACUUGUUACGUACUGAACUUGGCAAAGGUCGGGACUGUAGAGGAAACUACAGCUUUAAGAGGACUAGCCUAAGAUUUAAAUAUAUGGAGUUGUUUGAAGUUUUCAAGCAGCUUUCCUCUGUGAAUGGUAAUGCAGGACAAAGCCUGCCAUUAGGUAAAUGACCCUUGGUCUGAGGCUAGAGUGUUCUGGGGAAGAAGAGAUAGGGAAGAAAAGGACAUUUGCUAGUGUCUCUCUCAAGCUUUCUCAAUUAGGUUUCCAGGAGAGAAUUAAGCCCUAAUUCCCUAUGGCUUCUAAAUGGUACCGAUUUUGUACCAGCCUUAGGAGAAUGGAGAAAAUAAUCACUCAAAUAAUUUACUGUAUUCUGUGCUUCAGAGGAGCCCAGGGAGCACAUGGGAGUCAAUGUUCAUAAUAUUAUAGAAUGGGUGAGAAAGAGAAAUGAAUUAUAAACUCCUGUAGCACAAAUGUAUAAAGCACGUCUUUGUACCUACCUUCCGAGCUCUAGGCAUUUAGCUGCCUGUACUGUUUUACACCAAACACAUUCAAAUAUCUUCCUGAAUAUACUGGGAAGUUCAGUGUCUACUAAGUUCUCAUGUAUAUACUUCUUAAUAUAGGGAGGACACGUAUGAAACAGUGAAAGGAGAUAUAGCAAAACCGUUUUGUUUCUAAAAGGGUGUCAUUGUUAGUACUUUAAAUAUUAGGAUAAUCUGAUUUCACACCUUUCUUAAUAAACUUCAGUACAUGGCAUACCAUGUAUUAAAUGCCAUCCAAUUUAACAGUAUAUACAACUACUCUGUUAUGAAGAAUGAGAGCUUAUAUCAAUAACCAGUGGCUAGGUGUGUAACCGGUGGCCAUUCUUAAAUUGACUGAACAAGAAACUAAAAGCUAAAGAAUUGUGACCAGGGAAAAGAAGCUUAAGUGAGAACAGUGUUUAUGCUGUCUGAGCAGUCAGUCACAGAGACGCUUGUGUUCACUAGAGUACCAAUAUUAGAUUUUAUAAAGUAGUUUGACAAGGGUGUGUGUAAUUAUUUUCUGAUGUUUAAGGUAUAUGUGCAGAUUCAGCCUACUGUAAUAAUGUAAUUUUGCCAUUGCUUUUGGCUAACUCCUUUUUUGGAAAUGCCUUUUUUUUUUUUUUUUUUAAAUAAGGUAUAUGCUUUUUUAAAUAGUUGGCCAUGAAUGUGUAUAUUUACAUUUCUGAAUUAAAAUGGAGUUAAAGUAA